AAAAAGAGUAAAACAGAAGAGGAGAAGUAGAGGAAGAUGAACACUCCCGUCAGCGUUCACGCAGACAUCUAUCUAAAUGCACAGAUAUUGCCAUAGCUUGGUCAAGGGUGUCAGGAGAGGGCCAAGACCGUCAUGAUGAUUUCAUCUAGCCAAAAUAUAUUUCCACAGAAUCUGUCAGACAAACCUCUUAGGUUUUGCAUUUUCCCAAUUCCAUCUUCAUCUGUUCUUCACUCACAAUGUCUCAAAUGGUAAAAAUGCUCAUUGGGGGUAGAUAAUUGCUCCAACCCUGGUGCUGCCCCCAACCCCAGGGACUCAGCAAUCUACCUUCUGAGGGCGCCAUUGCCUUUUCCCCAAUGGCUCUGGUGAGAAACAAGUGCAUUACCCCCGCGUUGUUUGCCGCCGUCUUCCUGCUGAGUUACCUGUGGCAUAAAAGUGUUUUCCAGGUGAGGAACAUGGAGCGUCUUGAAUGGGAUUCUCUUAAACACUUGAUGGGAAAAUGUUUUGGUCCGGUCACAGAGAUUAAUGUCAACUUCCAACCGCAUGAACUGACGACUCCACAGCCCAGAACAUAUGAUCUUCACUCUGAAAUAAAUUCAAUAUUUAGCAAAAUCCAAAGAAUCAUCCCAAAUGUUACAUUUAAAUUUUUAAAUGGAAGCACAAGUGCAAACAACAGUAAGUUGUCCAUAGUCAACAGGAGGAAUCGUUACUGUCCUGGAGAAGACCUUGUGGUACAGGUUGAUAUGUACGAUCACCUGGGUAACAGAAAAACCUAUGGAGGAGACUUCAUAACGUCACGACUCUUUUCUCCAAAACUUGGAGCUGCUGUGUCUGGUAGGGUGGAAGACUUUCAUAAUGGAUCCUACCAUGUCUACUUUCCAUUGCACUGGGUGGACAGAAAUGAAACCAAGGUGUCCAUUCGACUGUGGCAUCCCAGUGAAGGCAUUGCAGUCCUCUGGAGGGCACGACAUGCCAGUCUAGGGGUACUUGGUUUCAAUGGAAGAUAUAAAUACCUUGGCAAGGAGGCUAUCACUAAUUGUCACUUUCAAUUGAAUACAGCCGAAGAGGUUUGUGAGUACAAAGACGAGUUCUAUGAAGAGGCCUUCUACUGUAUUAAACCUAAAGACAUUCCCUGCGAAUGUUUGAAUGAAAUGAGAGCUGUGGAUCUUCAUGAGUCCCACCUUACCGAGGAGGAGAAGCCACUAUUUGUGGGAUCCAAUGUUGGAGUGGAAAUGGCCAUAGGUUUGGAGACCAUAGUCAUUACAGAUUGUGGAGAUUAUUCAUCAACAUCAAACACAAAAUGUCAGACAGGGAUGAGCUCUCCUGUCCCCAGUGGACACUUCUACAACUACACCUGGCAUCCGGCUUAUUGUGACAUGACCGUCUAUAAAACACAGGAGGACUUCACCAAAUGUCUAAAGGGGAAGAAGCUCUUCUUGAUCGGAGACUCCACGUUACGUCAGUACAUCAUUCACUUCACCGAGGGAAUCAAGAUUGUGAAUUAUCUCCAGUAUCAUGAAGGUGGAUGGAAGUUCUGGGAUAAAACACUUGAAGCUUUGAACAUGGAUAAAGACAUUUAUGUGUCCUACAAGAGGCAUGGCUUUCCACUCGAGAACUUCUUGUUCUAUAACUUCAAAGACGACAUGUACAUGAGUCGUCAGAUCGAUCUACGCGGUGGGGGGAAGGACACCAUCUUUGUUAUUACUAUGGGACAACAUUUUAGACAGUUUCCACUAACACUCUACAUCAGACGAGCUAUCAACAUCCGCAGAGCGGUGGAACGUCUCUUCAUGCGGAGUCCAGAUACCAAAGUCAUCAUCAAGACAGAAAACACCAGAGAGUUCUAUGCUCCUCCAGAGAGAACUGGUGACUUCCAUGGUUAUACCCAAUAUCUGGUGCUAAGGGAAGUCUUUCAAGGGCUGAAUGUUGGCUUUGUAGAUGCUUGGGACAUGACGGUGGCCUCCUCUACGGAGUCUGUUCAUCCGUUUGGAUACACAUUUGACAGUAUAAUGAGCAUGACGUUCUCCUUUGCUUGUUAGUAAUUUUAUCUUUUUACUGAGACUAGUAAAAGAUAUGAGACUACUAUAUAUAACUAGUCUCUCAGUAAAACUGAGCACACCAUCUGUUUUGAUCUGAUGAAGGUCAAGUAGGCCGAAAACAUUUACCAUAAAUCUGGUCUUUAAGAACUAUAAAUAAAACUUUAUAAGCAAACAUUGGGAACCUACUCCCCGCAAGUUGGAAUACAACCAGAGUGUCGCCAUUAAAGAUCACCAUGUAGACUUCUCCUGACGACUGCACAGGUUCAGAAGACAGUGACACCCAUCUGCUUGUCUGCUUAGUGCCUCUCUCUAGCACCCAUGCCAAUAACAUCUCUACAAAGCACUGAUCAAGUCUUGAAGGGGUCUCUGUCCCUAGACAUCUUAUACAAUGAAUUUUCAGGUGCUUUCAGGUGGUCGUGAUGCCAUGCCACAGCUGUCACGCCUCGUCCCAUAGACCUGAAUGUAUAGGUAAUACGAUGCUUAGGGGUUGAGUACCCCUUUAACCCAAAUUUUAAAUGACAGAUUUCCUCAUUUAGCCAACAAAAUAUGUUCUCUGGGUGCAUUGUUUACAGCUAAAAAUUAUUCCUAUUUAAUGGAUCAAACAAAACAAUAUAGCAGUAUUCUAAAUAUUGAAAAACCCUAUAGAUUUUUGGCAAAUUGGACACCCCUAUACAAAACUUUUUGACUGGUUUGCCUUACUAUGAUCACAUAUAUGUACAUACCUACUACAUAAAACUCCUCCAUUGUCUAUAUACCUGUAAAUGAACAUUUAGCAGCACUGUAGAUGUAUACAGCCCAUGUAGUUAGGGUGUGUACUGGGAAAAGGGGAACAAUGUAAUCAGGGAUUCGGUCACUUCUCAGUAUAGGUGUAGCACCAGGACCAAGCUCAGAACAUGCAGUACUAGGAUCAAUCUCAGUACGUGCAAAUGGUACCAGGACCAAGCCUAGUAGAUCUUACAUGAAUGACCUGAAGUACUCAUCCGAAGCAGUCUUAGGCAGAAUAAACAAUUCAAUCCAGAAUGCAUAGGUGAGUCUUUCUUGUUCUUUUUUUUUUUUUUUUCAUUCAACCCAGAUCUCCAUAAGGACUUCUCUCAGCCAUGACUAUAAAGAGUCAAGAAGUGGUAAAUGGUUAGGACAUGUACUAAUGCUUUAUGCCUUUACAUAUUUGUAUAGAGGCAAUCCAAU